CCGUGUUGCCUUUCGGCCGGCAGCAUGGGGAGGUCGUCACGUGGGGGCGGCGGCGGCGGCAGCCGCGGCGCCUCGGGGACUAGCGGGCAUGGAGCCGCGGGCUGCAGGGGCCGAGGGCGGCGAGGGGCCGGCAGCCCCGGAGGGAGAGCCGCCGCCACUGCGAGGCGCAUGGGCGCAGGAAGAGAAAGAGGGGCCGAGGCCAAGGCCGGAGCUGGAGUCGCGGGAGAGGCCUCUCAGUCCAGUGGCGGUCAGGUUGGCCAUGUCUGACCACUUCUAUCAAAAGAAGGAAGGAGAUAAGGAAGAGGUCAUGAGAUGGAGACCAAAACUAGUCUGUGGGGCUCAGGGUAUGUCUGCCAGAGAGGAGGAGGACCAUCCUGAAGAGGAUGAUGUGCAGGAUUGCGGGGACUCUGAGGAAGACUUGAACUGGGAGCUGGAAGACGGAAUGGAGAACAUUGUCCCUACAGAACAGAAGGCCGAGCCUCCCAUUAAGGAAGACUGGGACACUGAGCUGAUCGCAGAUCAAGGGAAUCCGUACGGUGCUGAAGACAUCCACCGUGCCAGCAUUCAAGAUUUCUGUUUUUGGGCACCUCGAGCCCAGCAGGGAGACAUGAUCUAUGACCCCAGCUGGCACCACCCUGCCCCCCUGACUCCCCACUAUUCCAAAAUGGUCUUUGAGACGGGGCAGUUUGAUGAUGCUGAAGACUGAUGGGAAACUUUGGGAUGCUUUUUUGCCUUGUGAGCCGGCCUGGAGGGGGUCUCCCCUUGGCCUUUUCCCCAUCCAUCACAUUCCCUCAUUCCCACUUGUGAGGUGGGUUCUCACAUGGGGAAUGGUUUUGGGGUGCAUCCUGGAAGCUGCUGCAUUUUCAUAGACUGUUGUUUAAGAAGGGAAAGAAGUUCUUUCUCUUAGUUUUCUUUUGGGUUUUGUUGGCACAAUCUUUCCUGGAACAAGGGCACUGUGGCAUCAGAGGAGGGGGGAGGAUCCUGGUGGGGGAUUUUUUUUUCUUAAAUAAAAGUUAAAAAUCA